AUGAAUGACUUUGGAGUCAUUGAGCUCGCCGGAGCCAAGACGACGUCGGCUCCUGGCUGGGCGUACGUCCCCGACACACGCCUUGCUGCCCAGCAGCAGCAGCAGCAGCAGCAGACCACGACGACGAACCGAAAGCGCGCGCGGAAUGCCCCCGGCGGCGGGCUCACGCUCAGUGACCUCACGGCGCGGCAGGAGAACAAGAUGCGCAAGGAGCUCGAGGCGCUGGACCGCGACGGCGGACGUGACGCCACGAUUCCCCUGCCAGGGAAGAGUGGACGGACACAGGGAAAACACACAGCCAAUGUCCGCAAGAUUCUGCAGUCGCAAAAGACGUUUGCCAACCAUCUCGACGACUUUCUCGCGCUGCAGGCGCUGACGGAAUCCAACGCCGCCGCCGCCGCAGCGGCCGCCAGCAAGCGAUCCAACGCCGCCUCCCGCGCCAAGGAGAGUGCGUCCGUGACGCCGCAGCACCACGGCGGCAAGGGCGACACCCCGAUGCCUGACGUGUCCGGCGAGGAAAAGGACGACCGGAGACUGCUCCAGGCCGCGCCGUGCUGGGUCCCGCCUCCGGCGCACCCGGGCGACGCGGACCCCCUGCUGAUGAGCCGCGUGCCGCCGCUGCCGACCGACGCCGAGAUGCGACGGCUGCUGGCGGCGCCGCCGCUCAGCUUCGGCGAGGCGCGGGGCAACUGGGGCGCGACGUACCCCGCGAGGGUGUUUUGCGAGGUCUGCGGAUACUGGGGACGCGUGCGAUGCCUGAAGUGCGGGACGAGGGUGUGCGCGCUCGAGUGCCUGGAGACGCAUCGCGAGGAGUGCGUGACGCGGUAUGGAAUGUGA